AUGAGUGUUCCGGACGGAGAAUACGACAUCGACCUUUCGGGACUUCUCGCAAGUGUCCAAAAUGCACCUAGUGCAGAAUCACUCGCAAUUCGUUACGGAUUCAUCCCCGAUUCCAUGGAUCAGACAAAACCACUUACACUCUACCAAAACGACGACGUGUGCAUUCUAGAAGCACAGCUGUUGGAGAAAAACAGUAAGGCAGCACUGAAGCCCGUGCCGGUAAUCUUCGAGGGAGUGCAGCAGCGACAACGGCUGACACAGACCUCUUCUAGUGGAAACAACGAUUCGUACUAUUUGGCGUUUCUGGCGCUGGACCACGGCGACCUACAGCCUACAGUGAAGCUUCGACAGCUUGGGUCUACGAUCCGAGUCAGCAAGACGAGAAACGUGGAGAAAUGGCAGAAAACAAUCGCAGAGUGGAGCGCAGCCUCCAAUAUGGACCUAGAUAUCCCACUGGCACUCACGCCGGAAUUGGAACCGGCGGAAGCACAUGUAGAUAAUUGUGCUCAGCCGAAUUCACAUCGACUGACUCAAAAUCUGGGCGUAGGGGCGGGACGCGCUGCUAAAACGGUGGGAAAGGUCGUGGGGAAACAGACGCAGAGCGCCAGGGCAUCGAAUGCCAAAAAUGUUACUUCCGAACACGAUGCAAAGAGCAAUCCUCCCACUAAACCUAAGGCGAAUACACCGAAAGUGUUGGUCCAGCCUCCGCGCCGUAGAGUGACUUCGAAGAGGCCACCGGCAACGCCCGAGGUGAAACCGGACAUCAUCAGUGUCUCGGACUUCGAGGAUUUGGAAAGUGAAGAGGAGGCAGUGCCUGUUCCAGUGCCAGUAAAAGAGCCACAACCAAUGCAAAAUACAGAAGAGGAACCAAAGCUAGUGCAAAAACUGGAGCCAGUCAUGAUCCCUCAAAGACGUAAAACAGCAGGAAAGGCACCUCCACGAGCUAAGGCUGAGCCAGUGUCUGAGCUGGAGUCGGAGGUAGAUGCAGAUGUUGUUGCCGACAUUUCAAUGACCGAUGACUUCCAGGACUUGGAAGAUCAAUUGGAAGAGGUUCUCGAGGAGGAACCUGCGAAGCCAGACCAACCACCGCCUACCCAACUGCAGCCGCAAAAGUCGCUGGUCGACCGCGCGGCUUACGAUAGUUCAGACAGCGAUGAUGAUUCAGAUGGUGCUUUCGGUGCACCGAUUGUCAUCAAUAUGGAGCAGGCAGCGCCCAAAAGACGGGGGUCUCGCGUCAACGCAGCCACUUCCUCAAGCAAACCGAUGAGCUUGCGGGAAUUGUAUGGCGAGAAGCGAAACGAAGACUUCAGUUGUAGCGAAGAGGAGUAG